CUACUCAUAUCAGUACGGGCCGAACCAGAGGCAAGGACGGGGAGUGGCCGGCACUGUGAAGAGGUCACCGUAUAUGUAGGCAGAGUCAGACAUAAGAGCUUCAAGAUUGAAUUCCUUAACGAAGAGCUGCGUCUAUGUCAAGCAGAGAAUAAUGUACUACCGUGGCAACAUCAAGUGACAUUUUCUUCUUAUGCCUUUAACUGGACUGAGUGCUGGUGCUGUGGACUGCAUUUACACGUUUGGAUAUCGAGGGAUAUUUAUCAAUAAGCAGAUCACCCGCGUACGUUGAUUGGAUGCGAAGAUGUAUAGCAUAGUGUAGAAGAUGGCAUCUUGUCUAUGCAAAAGCAAUGCAUAGUAGGCCUACUUGACAUUGAGUAUAACACUACAGUAGCAGAGGUGGGAUUCUUUGUUUAUAUGCUGUAAUUCACAGGCUGAGAUUUGUGUUUGUGUCAGAGUGCAAUCAUCAUGGGCUUCGCCUCCGAACGUUUCCUCAUAAAUCCCGACCAGAAUCUGAUCUGCGGUAUAUGUAAGACGGUGUUGAAAGACGCAGUACUCACUCGGUGCGGUCACGCCUUCUGUGAGGUAUGUCUCGAUACCUGGCUCGCCCGACCCCUGAGCGGGUCGUGCCCCCAGUGUCGGGCCUCCGUCAGCAAGUUCCAGGUGAGCCCCGUCUGGGCUAUUAGAGAAAUCGUCAAUAACUUGACGGUGGAAUGUGAUUAUGGUGACCGUGGUUGCCGUCUGGUGAUGCGAGUCGAAUCGCUGGAGAGGCACCGGGAAAGCUGCGCCUAUGCCCCAGUCGAAUGUGCCGGUUGCGAGACGGUCGUCAGCCGCUACGAGCUUCCCCAUCAUCAGGCACAGUGUGCUAAGAUAGCAGCCACGGCCAACGAGCCCGAUUUCGACGAUCCAAAGAGAAGUGACUGGACGAACCAGCUCGUCAAGGACCUCGAGAAGAAACUCACCCAGACGGAGCAACAGCUCAAACAGACCAAGAAGAAGCUGGAGACUUCUGAGACCAGCAGCCGUAAGCUCGAGAGAGACCUCUCCGAUGCACGGCUACAGCUUCAACGGAAACGCGGUGAAUGUACUCUACUCCACUCCAACUUCGUGGAUUUCGACCCCCAGUACCCAUACGGAUUCUCCCCGGAGAGUAUUGCCAAACUCUCGCUCCUGAUCGCCUGUCACCUCCUCCGUAAACCGGACUACAUGGAUCGGAAUCGGAUCUUCAACUGCGUCAAGAGGUGCUACGAUAGUUACGCGAGAUGUGGGUCCCACUUCGAGCAGGAUGUCCACAUGCUGGUUGCAACGGCGUAUGCCAGCAACUGGUUCACCGAGAAUCAGAGAAUUAACUUCCACUGUUGGCUUCAGAGCAUCGCUCGCUACCGUAAAUACGCCGAUUUGAGCGGCCCACCCCACCCUGGGUGCACCGCUGGGAUCCUGCGGAGGACCUCAUCUUUACGAAGCUGAACACCUUUCUAUUUUUAAAGUUUUGUUGGAUAGAUUGAAAAUGUCGUAUUACCAAAUUGUGUUUAUGGAAAGUUUUUUAUUACGUUCACUUUUAUAUAAAGAGGGACUAACCGGGAGUGGUAUAUCACUGUGUAUUGGCCAAAAGCAUUCCCAUGUGCAAUGAAAGUGAUAUUUAGUUUUCUAAAACUAUUGAUAGAGAUUUCUCCCACCAUGGCACUGGGUUGUUAUAAAGACCGUUGUUCUCCUGCACGCCAUUUUCUUUCCCUGCUGUUCUGGACUGGCCACAAUUCAUAAGCACAACAAAUUGCUAAGCACAUACAAAUCCUGCUUAACAGAAACUGGUUACUAGCCAAAAUUCCAUGAAGUUAACAUUGUUGCAUCAUUGUUGCAACUCAUUUUUGCCCAGCAAUAUUUUUUGCUUAACAGCUUUAUGAAAUUUUGCCCUGGUGGCUAUAGGGCUACAGCUCCAUUUUUGCUAAGGGUGUUGCUAAGUAUCGUACACACAGUGAUCCAGUCGAAGCCAACUCGGAAACGGCCUCCAUUAUUUCCCCAACCUUUGGUAUUGGUUAAGUGGAUUUGAAUGAGAGAAUGCCGAGUUACUGUUGUCCUGUAAAUUUAUUUAUAGCCACACAAAGCUUCGUGUCUAUGUUGUUUUGCUCUGGUGAUGAUGUUUAAAAAGUAAAAUUAAAUAUAUAGCAUCACCAAGGGAACCAUAUGGCAUAUAAACAGCCUUUAAAAUAAAACUAUGUUGUAAUCAACCCUCUGACAUCAAAGUUGCCCAAACAAAAUAAUCCAAACCGAAAAGGGGAAAAUAACCCACUUAAAGGCACUGGACACUUUUAAUCACUUGGUGAAUCCCAACAUACGCAUACAAUAACAAACCUGUGAA